AUGAGUGAACUGCUUGCCAUCCCGCUUAAACGGACUUUAGAAGUGGACUUUGCCACGGAGUUGUCGAAACUAAUUGAUACUACCUCGUUCCAAACCGCAUCCUUUUUCCAAUCAGACAUACUCCAAGUUGUCGCUGCAAGAAACAACGCGAUUACACCGGAUAUCUCGAUCGGUGGUCUUUGUGAACUGAAGGAAUACUAUGCGAUAUUAUUGCAAUUGGAGAAAAAGUUUCCUAACAAUCAAAUUGAAUUUAGAUGGUUUCAAACGCUGUCACAAAAAUCUCGUGGAUGUAGUCAGUAUUCAUUACAGUGGGAAAAAUUAACCAUUAUUUAUAAUAUUGGGUGCAUGUAUUCACUGUUGGCUUUGAAUAGCAACAACGAUGCAGCUGAAUCUUUGAAGACAUCGUGUCUUUACUUCCAGAAUGCUGCCGGAUGCUUCGAGUACGUACUAGAGCAGCAGGUGGCUCUUGGAACAACCCCAGUGGUAGACGAUGCUACUUUGAACGCCUUAACUUCUCUAAUGCUAGCACAAGCGCAAGAAUGCUUCUGGUUUAAAGCCGUACAAGAUAAACUCAAGGAUUCCUUAAUCGCGAAGUUGUCACAACAGAUCGUGGACUUUUAUAGUGGGGCUAUUAGUAACGCUCAAAGGGGUAAGCUUAUUAGAAAUGAUUGGAUCAAUCACUUGAAGGCUAAAAAGGCUUAUUUUAGUGCGGUGACUUAUUACAGAAUAGCCUUAUCUUUCAAUGAAAAAAAACAGUUUGGAAAUGCGGUAAAAGCUUUGCAAAUGGCGAUGCAAUUUGUCAAUGAAUCAAAGCUGUCUUCGCAAGCUAAGUUCAAAACCGUUAUCGAAUCUUCUCUGAAAGAAGCCCAAAGAGACAAUGAUUUUAUCUACUUGCAACAAGUUCCUUCGGAGUUACCAGCGACUAAACCAGCUCUCAUGGUUAAGCCAUCCUGUACAGCAACAUUAUUGCCUUCUAUUGAAAAGGAAUUGUUCAAAGACCUGAUUCCUAUAGAGGUGAUGGAUUAUUGCACAGCGUACAAUGAAAGACAAGAUGAAUACAUUGAACAACGUGUCACGAAACCCCUUAUUUCCUUAAAUAAACUAUUAAAAGAAUCCAUGUCUACUAUUCAAAUACCACAGGGACUUACAACAGUAAGUGAAGCAGAAUUAAGUCACUACCAGGCGUCGUUGAACAAUCUUUGUAUUAAUAAUAAAAACGUGAAGACUGAACUCGAUAAAAUUGAGCAAAUUUUAAAUGAAGAAGCAUUUACUGAUAAUCAGCUCCGGCUAAAGCAUGGAACCUUGCAUUGGACUUUACCCGAAUCUUCAACUAUCAACACAACAUAUUACGAAAAAUUAAAGAAAGUAAGAGGAUACAUUGAUCAAGGUAUCGCGAUUGAUAAACAAACAUACGAAAUAUUUCAAAGCAUCGAUAAAAAUUUGAUAGGAUCAGAGAUCAGGUUACCGGAAUCCAGCGAUCCUCUCACGAAUAAGGUUAAGAUGAUCAUACAGGAGAGGAAUGAAUAUAUUGAUAAGACUAGGCGCAAAUCCUCAGAAUAUAGAAUACUUCCCAAGAUCAUUACAUCAUACAAAAAAAAUGGAACAAUCGACUUUGAAGCCAUUUUCGUAGAUCAUUUAAAAAAAUUUGAUGAGGAUUUAAGAUACGUUAAUAGUACGAAGCAAGAAAAUAAUAAACUUAUCGAGGAAGUAAACCUGAAGGAGAAGCAUAACUCCGCCAGGAGCGGCAUUGAGCAAAAGAAAAUGGUAAGAAUAGAUCCCAGAGAGUUAUAUAUUGAAGAUCUGAGAUAUUCCUUCAAACUGCUUGAUGAGGUCAAGGAAAAUUUAAGCGCUGGCACAACAUUUUACGAAAAUUUAAUUACUUCUACAAGCAAUUUGUACAAUGAGGUACAGGAAUACGAUGCGGCAAGAAGAAUGGAAAAGACCAAGCUUGAUGAACGUUUGACAUUUGAAGGUCAGUAA